GCCACUACCCUGAGCGGAGGAGGCGGCCGGACCCACGGCUCAGAAUUCAUCGAGGACUUGAACAAAUGGGCCCUGUUUCUUGUCUCUCCCUUUAGACUUGAAACAGAACACAUAGCAUUUGUGACAGAGAGCAUUUGGGCUCAGGGUGACAAUUUCCAGAGGGCAUUGUCUUCAGAAACAAUUGUCAAGUGGUCUGACUACUGUUUGCCAUUAGCUUGCCGACCUGGGGAUCCCUACCAGUUCAUUGCUGAAGCAAGCGUGGACAAUUUUAGCAAGCUGGGAGUGGCGUUCAUGGAAGAUAGACUCCAGAUGGAUAAUGGACUGAUACCCCAAAAGAUUGUCUCGGUGCACUUGCAGGACUCCACUCUGAAGGAACUAAAGGACCAGGCUGCAAGAGGGCAAGUGCAAAGCCUCAAGCUGGCUGCCAGGCCUUCCCCAGAGCCCAAGCCUGUGCAGCAUGCCGACAGAGAUGAGCCCAGGGCUCCUGGCCAAGACUCUUGCAAGCAGCGUACAGAUGGGGAGGGAGAGCCGGAGGAGCAUUCCCACCUCCACCUAUUCAGUUGCCACGAGUGUUUGGAACUGGAGAACAGCACCAUCGAGUCAGUAAAGUUUGCCUCUGCAGAGAACAUUCCAGAUCUUCCCUAUGACCACAGCAGCGGUUUGGAGGCUGUCACUGAUGAGCUCUGCCCCAAAAGAGAAGAAAGCAGAGUUAACAUGGUGGGCAAGGCACCCAACAUCCUAGUCUAUGUGGGUCCUGGCACUCAAGACACAUUGGGCCGGCUGGAGCAGGUCCGUUCUGUUCUAGCUGACUGUGUGGAUGCGGACAGCUACACCAUCUACCACCUGCCCGAGGACAGUGGGCUCAGGGACCCAUGGGCCGACAACUGUAUCUUGUUGGUCAUUGCUGCCUUGGAGCCCAUUCCCAAAGACCUGUACCAGAAGUUCAUGGCCUAUCUUUCUCAGGGAGGGAAGGUGCUGGCUCUGUCAUCUUCAUUCACCUUUGGUGGCUUUCAGGUGACAGGGGAGGGCAUGCUGCGGAAGACAGUCCAGGACUUGGUUUUCUGCAAGGCUGACCGGAGCGAGGUGAGGCUCAGCGUCCUGAGCAGUGGCCGCUUCUACAAGGCAGGCCCCAGAGAGCAGCUCAGCCCUGCUGGGCUCCACGGCCACCUGGACACUGAGGACAAGGAUAGAACGAUCCUGCAAGUGCCUUUUGGAAGCUGUGGAGGAGAGGCUGUUCUUUGCCAGGUCCAUCUAGAACUACCUCCCAGCUCUCCCACAGUACAAACUCAAGAAGACUUUAACUUGCUCAAAUCAAGCAAUAUGAAAAGAUAUGAAGUCCUUCGGGAGAUCCUGACCACCCUUGGCAUAAGCUGUGAUGUUCGACAAGUUCCUGCCUUAACACCUGUGUCCUUACUGUUGGCCACUGAGGAAAUCCGGGAUCCCCUUAUGCAGUGGCUGGGGGCACAUGUGGAUCCGAAAGGAGUAAUCAAGUCCAGCAAGCUCUCCCUUAAGUUUGUGUCCUCUUGUGCAUCAGAAGUAGAAGUCACUCCAUCUUCCAUACCUGUGAUUACUGACACAGAAGACUUCUCUUCCGAACACUUUAACUUAGACAUCUAUCGACAAAAUCUGCAGACCAAGCAACUUGGAAAAGUAAUUCUGUUUGCUGAAGUGACCCCCACCACCAUGAAUCUUCUGGAUGGGUUGAUGUUUGAGAUGCCCCAGGAAAUGGGUUUAAUCGCCAUUGCAGUCCGGCAGACCCAGGGCAAAGGACGGGGACCGAACGCCUGGCUCAGUCCAGUAGGAUGUGCCCUUUCUACUCUGCUGAUCUCCAUCCCGCUGAGGUCCCAGCUGGGGCAGAGGAUUCCUUUUGUCCAGCACCUGAUGUCCCUGGCUGUGGUGGAGGCAGUGCGGUCCACGCCCAAGUAUCAGGAUAUCAACUUACGAGUAAAGUGGCCCAACGAUAUUUAUUACAGUGACCUCAUGAAGAUUGGUGGAGUUCUGGUUAACUCAACACUCCUAGGAGAAACAUUUUAUAUACUUAUUGGCUUUGGAUUUAACGUGACCAACAGUAACCCUACCAUCUGCAUCAACGACCUCAUCACAGAACACAACAAGCAGCAUAAGACAGCACUGAAGCCCUUCAGAGCUGACUGUCUCAUCGCUCGGGCUGUGACUAUGCUGGAGAAACUGGUGCACACGUUUCAGGACGAAGGACCCCAGAGCAUUCUUCCCCUCUAUUAUAAGUACUGGUUGCACAGUGGUCAGCAAGUCCGGCUGGGGAGCACCGAGGGGCCACAGGUAUCCAUCGUGGGCCUCGAUGAUUCCGGGUUCCUGCAGGUUCAUCAGGAAGACGGCAGGAUCGUGACAGUGCACCCAGAUGGCAACUCCUUCGACAUGCUGAGAAACCUCAUUGUGCCCAAGCAGCGGUGGUAGCAGCAGCGCAAGCCUUCCACCCCAGCGCGGUACAGGCUGCCUCCUCCGAUGCUCCAGCUGGCUGGCUGUGAGCUCAGUGCGCUGCAGGCAUUCUGCUUCUGCUCCCUCCCCAGCGGCGACCGGAAAGCUCACGGAGACCUGUGGAUUUCUUCUCCUUCAUGUCAUUUAUUUGUUAACUCUUUCUCUUCUUUUUUUCCCCUGGGUUUUUAGGUUUGUUUUAUAGUUGCCACUUUAUGGGCUGUUUGAAGAUGGGUCUGGGUGGAAGACUGACAGGUAGAUUUAGUUUAGGUAAAGUUGGUGAGACUUUAGGUAUGAAACUGUUCUCCCCCUUUGGGCUUGGAUUUGUGUUUCUUGGGGGGAAUUUUUUAAUGGUGGAAAUCACAGGUGGAAGCCUUCACCCUGCCACACUGCUAAAAGAAAACAAUCAAAAGAUGGCCAGGCCAGCGUGACGCACAGGCGCAGCAUCGCCGCUCGCGCGCAUCCAGAGCGGCAUCUUCCACCAGAGCAUACCGACAGACAGGUGCUCAGGCCUUGUUUUCUUUGGGGGUUAAUAAGGAAAAGAAAAAGGUGGACUUCUAGAGUUAAGUCAGCUGAGGAAGUCGGACCACACAUCUAAGUGCCACAGAGCUGGGACUAGCUGGCGGGGCUGCAUGAGCUCACCGAGGAAAUCCCUGCCUUCGGCAUUAUUCUAGGAGCCCUUCUUCUCAUGUUCUGACUUACUGCAUGUUCUGAGGAAAUAGGCCUCAUUCCAGACCCACACAGCCUCAUGGGUAUCUCCUGGAAGCAGGGAUGGAUGCUUGGCCCAAACACCGGCCAUGCAAGGAAGGCAGCCUCGGCUCUCCGUGCAAAUGUAGGAGCCCCAAAGACAGCACUGUGUGGAAGGAGCGCACAGCACCAUGCCGGGUCACGACAGCCCAGCCACCACUAUAGAGACAGCAGAUGAGAGCCAUGAGGGGUGCUGUCAGCGUGAAGGGGGUGCGUGUGCAUGCUG